CUCUCCGGGCGAUGAAUCACCCGCAGCCCGCUCGGCUCCGGAUGAACCCUGCUCGCCCGAGCUUUCGCGCGCCUCUUGGCUGACGCGCGUUCGCCCAGAGACCAGCCUGCAGCCCGCGGCAGUCGGCAAAGGCGGCGGCUACCAUGUCUGGGAUCGCCGCGAAAGUAGCCAAAGACCGGGAGGUCGCCCAAGGGCUGGGCUCCAACGCCAAAGCCGUGAAGUACCUCAACCAGGACUUCCAGGCGCUGCGGGAGGAGUGCCUGGAGGCGGGCAAGCUGUUCCAGGACCCCUCUUUCCCCGCGGCCGCCUCUUCGCUGGGCUACAAGGAACUGGGACCAAACUCCUACAAAACUAAAGGCAUCGUUUGGAAGAGACCGACGGAAUUGUGUUCCAAUCCUCAGUUUAUUGUUGGAGGCGCAACUCGGACAGAUAUUUGCCAAGGAGCUUUAGGUGACUGUUGGCUCUUGGCAGCUAUUGCUUCUCUCACUUUGAAUAAAGAAAUUUUGGCUAGAGUUGUUCCCAGUGAUCAGAGCUUCCAGGACAAAUACGCAGGAAUCUUCCACUUCCAGUUCUGGCAGUAUGGAGAGUGGAUGAAUGUGGUUGUUGAUGACCGACUGCCUACCAAAAAUGGAGAGCUCCUCUUUGUUCAUUCAGCAGAGGGCAGUGAGUUCUGGAGCGCCUUGCUGGAGAAGGCCUAUGCCAAGGUGAAUGGUUCAUAUGAGGCACUUUCUGGGGGAAGCACCACUGAGGGGUUUGAGGAUUUCACCGGUGGAAUCGCAGAGUGGUACGAGCUGAAAAAAGCACCAACAAACCUGUUCAGAAUCAUCGAGAAAGCUCUUCAAAAAGGCUCUCUCCUUGGAUGCUCCAUUGAUAUCACAAGUGCUGCUGAGACAGAGGCAGUCACAACCCAGAAGCUGGUCAAAGGGCAUGCAUACUCUGUAACAGGUGCAGAGGAGGUGAAUUUCCGAGGCAGCAUGGAGAAGUUGAUCAGAAUCCGAAACCCCUGGGGUGAAGUGGAGUGGACAGGAAAAUGGAGUGACAAUUGUUCAAAUUGGAAUAAUGUUGAUCCAAAAGUGAGAGACAGAUUAACCAGGAAACAUGAAGAUGGAGAAUUUUGGAUGGCUUUUAAUGACUUCCUGAGGCAUUAUUCCCGCCUUGAGAUCUGUAACUUGACUCCGGACACUCUGGUCAGUGACAGAUAUAAGAAGUGGAGCCUGAAUUUGAUGGAUGGCAGCUGGAGAAGAGGUUCCACUGCUGGUGGAUGCAGAAAUUACCCUGAUACAUUUUGGAUGAACCCACAGUAUUUGAUAAAACUUGAGGAAGAGGAUGAAGAUCCUGACGAUCCCGAGAAAGGCUGCACCUUCCUGGUUGGCCUGAUUCAGAAACACCGUCGGAAGCAACGGAAGAUGGGCGAAGAUAUGCAUACCAUUGGCUUUGCCAUCUAUCAGGUACCACCUCAGUCUUGUGGCAAAACUAAUGUUCACCUGAGCAAAAACUACUUUCUGACCAAUCGAGCAAGGGAACGAUCAAACACAUUCAUCAAUCUCCGAGAGGUAUUAAAUCGAUUCAAGCUCCCUCCAGGAGAAUAUAUUAUUGUGCCAUCCACUUUUGAACCCAACAAGAUCGGGGAUUUCUGCCUCCGGGUCUUCUCUGAAAAGAAUGCAGACUCACAGGUCGUUGAUGAUGAAAUUGAAGCCAACAUUGAAGAGAAAGAACUCACAGAAGAUGAAAUCGAACCCAGUUUCAAGAAACUAUUUGGACAAUUAGCUGGAGAGGAUGCUGAGAUCUCUGCCUUUGAGCUGUGCAAUAUUCUGAGAAAAGUCCUGGCUAAACGCCAAGAAAUUAAAUCAGAUGGCUUCAGCAUCGAAACAUGUAAAAUCAUGGUGGACCUCUUAGAUACGGAUGGAAGUGGUAAACUGGGGCUGAAGGAGUUCCACACACUUUGGACAAAGAUUCAGAAGUACCAGAAAAUUUACCGGGACAUGGAUGUUGAUAACUCUGGAACCAUGAACUCUUAUGAGAUGCGGAAGGCCUUAGAACAAGCAGGCUUUAAGCUGGAUUGUCAGCUGCACCAAGUCAUUGUGGCCCGUUUUGCUGAUGAGCAGCUGAUCAUAGAUUUUGACAAUUUUGUUAGGUGCUUGAUUCGACUGGAAACAUUGUUCAAGAUAUUUAAGAAGCUGGAUACCGAGAAAACGGGAACAAUACAGCUGAAUCUCAGCAGUUGGGUGUGUUUUACUGUCAUAUGAAGAAGCAAUGAACCUCAGACUCCUCCUGGGACAUGAGCAUCAGUUUAAAGACAAAUAUGAAACAUGAAAAAAUGUGGAAUAUGAAAAAAUCUGUUAUAUUUCAACACUGAUGUGUAUUUUAUAUGUAUGAAGCUGCUGAAGGAGAGGAAGAAUACUGGACAGCAAAGUGAAUGCACACUGGAAGUGGAUACCUUAAUAGCUUCAAUAUACAAGCUCAAGAUUUUAUAUAACUGUUUGCUUAAGCUAUUUCCAUGUAUGCCAUAACAAUUUAAGGCCAUGCUCCUAUCAUCCUCAUGUCAGAUGCUCAUAAGGCUCUGAACUCAGAGGUCAAGGUGCAAGCCAUAGCAGUAGUCAUCACCCUGCUGCCACAACUUAAACCCUGCAUUUUAGUUAGGUGGUUGUUUUCAGCCAUCUGGAUUUAGCUCUGCUGAGGGGGGAGGAAGGAGGCUGGAGUCUAUUUGGAAUCUCCUUAAUUCCACAGACCCGGCCUCCUCCCUUUCCCUCCCCAGCAUAUUCCUUUUUUUCCUGACACAGGCCCAGCUCCCGUCUGGGGGAGGGGGCCCCAGUGCAGUUUUUCCUAUGUCAGCUGCAAGGGUCCAGGGCUGGGGCUUGGCCUUUGGGAUUCAAACUCUAUCAGAGGGUUCCUCAGAUUCCAAAAAAAAUCCUAUCAUCCCCCAAACCAUAUUGGGAAACCCUAGGAUUGUGCCCUAAAGUUUAAAUCUCAACAUAAGGUCUUCCAAGAAAGUGAAAAAUAGCUAUCACUUUUAUAAAAGCCAAGUGCAAUGUAUUUCAUUUAACCUUUCAGGAUUUGGCAUUAUGGACUCUAAAUGUCUGAAGAUACAUCCUAAUAUUAGGCACAAUAAAGCAAGUUACACAAUGUACUUCUUAAAACUUCAAGCUGUCAUGAUUAAAAACUCAAGUUAGCCAACUGGAAUUGAUGCCAGUAACUGAUGAACUGUAUUAUCUUCACCAGUCAAAUGUAGAAUGGUAACUACUUAAUGUGCCCAUACCACUCCAUCCUUCAAUUUUAAAUAUUCGACUGAUUUUUAAGCCUUGAUCACCUUCUUAAAUAAAAGGUAGAACAUCAGCUCUUAAAUUAAGCAAAACAAGCAAUAUUGCCUGUUCAAUGAAUAUUGCAAAACUCAAAAAUGAAGAAGGUUACACUUGGUCAUUAUGCAACAAAAUUGCUGUCAAACCUAUUGGAUAAACAGACAGCAGGGCAUCAUAAGUGUCAAUAGUCACUAACAGAAGACAGCAUUGACAUUACAAUACCCCUUUUCAUGAAUGACUUAUUUUGCACUUCCUAAUAAAGGAGAUUUUAAAAACUCCUUACUGAAACUUACUUACAGGUUAGUAACAUUUUUAACUGCCGAGCAUGGAAUAAAUUCCUUGGGAUUAAGCAGUGCCAAACU